AGGAGGAGACCGUUGCUUAGUGCCACGUUGAUGGAGACCAGUGGGGACGUGGAAAUCUGUCUUGAGUCCGUACCCGGGACCCGGUAGCCUCGUCUUCUGUUUUUACAGCCGUUAAUCCUCAAAGCAGAACCGAAAGGGGAACUCGUUCGGGCGGAGGCUGUCCGUUUUUGCCACUUAUUGUAUGUGUGCGUUCAUGUAAGAAGCAGAAAAGAAGAAGAAGGAUGAAACUUAAAGAGAUCAACCGCACAGCCAUCCAGAGCUGGAGUCCUGCACAGCACCACCCCAUCUACCUUGCAACAGGAACAUCAGCCCAGCAGCUGGAUGCCUCCUUCAGCACCAAUGCCUCCUUGGAGUUUUUCGAGCUGGACUUGACUGAUCCUUCUCUGGACAUGAGGUCAUGUGGCACCUUCUCCUCCUCUCACAGAUACCACAAGCUGGUGUGGGGUCCCUAUGGAAUGGAUUCCCAAGGUAACCCAUCUGGGGUCCUUGUUGCAGGAGGCGAGAACGGCAACGUCAUCCUGUACGACCCUGCAAAGAUCAUGGCUGGAGAGAGCGACGUGAUCAUUGCUGAGAGUGACAAGCACACGGGACCAGUGAGAGCUCUCGACGUCAACCCGUUCCAAACAAACCUAGUUGCAUCAGGUGGGAACGAGUCUGAAAUCUAUAUCUGGGAUAUGAAUAACUUUGACUCUCCAAUGACACCAGGACCUAAAACUCAGCCUCUGGAGGACAUCAGCUGUGUGUCUUGGAACAGACAGGUACAACACAUCCUGGCCUCUGCCAGCCCGAGUGGCCGAGCCUCAGUGUGGGACCUUCGCAAGAAUGACCUCAUUAUUAAAGUUAGCGACCACAGCAACCGAAUGCAUUGCUCUGGGCUGGCUUGGAACCCAGAAGUUGCCACUCAGCUUGUCUUGUCCUCGGAGGACGACCGGAUGCCGGUCAUCCAGAUGUGGGACUUACGUUUUGCUACCUCUCCUCUCAAGAUUUUAGAGAAUCACACACGGGGUGUCCUGGCCAUCGCCUGGAGUUUGGCUGAUCCUGAGCUGCUCCUGAGCUGCGGGAAGGACAGCAGGAUCCUGUGCUGGAAUCCAAACACAGCAGAGGUUCUGUACGAGUUGCCCAUCAGUAGUCAGUGGUGCUUUGACAUCCAGUGGUGCCCCAGGAACCCUGCGGUGCUGUCGGCUGCAGGCUUUGACGGACACAUCGACAUCUAUUCCAUCAUGGGAGGCAGCAACCAGGCGCAGAGCCAGAGACAUGCUGACCAGAUUAGCAACUCGUUUGGGAACAUGGAUCCUUUUGGAACAGGACAAACUUACCCCCCUCUGCAGCUGCCCCAGACUACUGCGCCUCCAGCUACAGUCAACCCCCUGAAGAAGCCACCAAAGUGGAUCCGCAGACCAGUUGGAGCCUCGUUUGCUUUUGGUGGGAAGCUGGUCUCUCUGGAGAACACAAAGCCGAACCCUCAGCAGCCUCAGCAGCCCACUUCACAUGUUGUACAUGUCAGCCAGGUUGUUACAGAAACAGCCUUUCUGAAGCGCUCCGAUCAGCUGCAGGCCACUCUGAGUGCAGGCAGCUUUGUGGAUUUCUGCCAGGAAAAGAUCGAUGCCGCUGAAAAUGAGUUUGAAAAGACCGUUUGGUCUUUCCUCAAGGUUAAUUUUGAAAGUGAUAUCCGCAGCAAGUACCUGGAACUCCUGGGGUACAACAAAGAGGAACUAGCCUUAAAGAUUUCAGCAGCGCUAGAGGAAAAGCCUGCUGGCCCUCUGCAGGUGGAAGUGCCUGCUCCAGCCAGCCUGCAGCCUUUAGCAGACCUCAGCCUCGUGCCACCUGCUGACAAUCCUGAGGUAGCGUUCGACAUGAUUGCUGCAGCAAACCUUCAGCCAGAAGCCACAGCGGAACUGGACUCCAAUCCUGAGGCAGCGUUCGACAUGAUUGCUGCAGCAAACCUUCAACCAGAGGCCACACUGGAACUGGACUCCACUCCUGACCCUGAGACUGAAGAGCCAGCAGCAGAAGAUCAAGAGGACGCUCUUCCAGAGGAGGAAGCAGAGGAAGAGGAGAUCCCCUUGGAGGAGGAGAAAACGGCACGAGUGGAGGAGGAGCCCAGUCCUGCUGAGACCUCAGCUGCAGUUGAGGAGCCACCUGAGGUCCCAGCUCCAGUUCCAGCUCCUGCUCCGUCUCCAGCUCUAGCUCCAGCCAAUCCAGAAGGACUCACUCUCAGCAUCAGUCAAGAUGUGGACGGGCUGAUCACACAGGCCCUGCUGACCGGAGACUUUGAGGGCGCUGUGGACCUCUGUCUUCAUGACAACCGAAUGGCAGACAGCAUCAUCCUGGCCAUCGCCGGAGGGUCCGAGCUCUUAGAGAAGACCCAGAAAAAGUAUUUUACGAAAACACACAGCAAGAUAACCAAGCUGAUCAGUGCAGUGGUGAUGAAAGACUGGCACGACAUCCUGAAGACGUGUGACCUGCAGAACUGGAAGGAGGCUCUGGCUGCGGUCAUGACCUACGCUCAGCCGGAGGAGUUCUCGUCCCUCUGUGACCUUCUCGGGGGCAGACUAGAGGCAGCAGAGGACGCACAACUGCAAGCCCAGGCCUGUCUGUGUUACAUCUGUGCUGGAAACGUGGAGAAACUUGUGGCUUGUUGGACCAGAGCACAGAACGGACACUGCCCACUUUCUCUCCAGGACCUGGUGGAGAAGGUGGUGGUGCUGCGGCGUGCAGUGGAGCAGACCCAGCGCUCCGGUCCCACUGCUGUUGGCAUCCUGCUGGCUGAGAAGAUGAGCCAGUAUGCCAGCCUGUUGGCCUCCCAGGGCAGUCUGUCCACCGCCAUCACCUACCUGCCUGACAAUUCCAACCAGGUUGCCAUACAGCAGCUUCGGGACCGUCUCAGUCGGGCUCUGGGGCAGCAGGCGGUGGCUCAUGCAGCUCCGGUACAAACCCAGAGACCUCAGUCUCGGCUACCUGCCCCGACACCGGCUCAGCACGGUUCAGCCUUGCCCCGACAUCCGUUCACCCCGGUCCAGCCCGCCUUGGUGCCUCAGGCCCCUGCAGCAGCUCCAGUACCCGUGCCUACACCUGCUGCCUCCGGCCCAGCACAGCCGCAGUAUUACCAGCCAGUGAGGGCUGCCUCCACUGUCACCUCCUGGAGUAACCAAACUCCCACAGCCCUCCCCAAUGCCCCUCCUCCUCUUCAAACUGGCAGCGCCUCAGACCAGCAGAUGGAGCCUUCAAACCCCAUGUACGGGAUGCCACCCUCCGGCACAGCUGCUGCACCUCCACCCUCCUCCACUCCUGCAUACAUAAUGUCCCAUCAGUACCAGCCCUACCCCCAGGUCAGCCAGUACCCCCAUGGAGCUGGGGGGGCGCCUUUCUAUCAGCCUCUUCAGUACUCCUCUGCUGCUCCUCCUCCUGCAGAGCCUCCUGGCUUUCUCUCUCAGUACACACAGCCUGUCUCCUCUCAGCCAGCACAUCCGGUCUAUCCCAGGCAACCUCCCAUCAGCCAGUGCCUGUCCUCCUCUCCUCCCUCCCAUCCUCCUUUCUUUCCGACUGCCUCCUCCUCUUAUUCCGCUCCUCCGUCCUCCGGAGCAUCUUUUCAGCAUGGCGGACCGGGAUCUCCUGUGUCGUACAUGCCUCUUCCUCCACCGAGCGGAGUCUCAGGUACACAGCUAGACCAUGACCCCGAGCUGAUCCCCGCCUCUCAGAGAACAGGGCCUCAGAAUGGCUGGAAUGACCCUCCGGCCCUGAGCAGAGCAUCAAAGAAUAAGCAGGUUCGGGAGAACUACACCCGUCCUGCCCCCAUCACUGCUCCCAUCAUGGCUCCGCUGGGCGCUGACCCUGUGGCCCAACCGGCCUCCUCCGGGCCCCCUCAGGCCAUGGUCCAGGGCCAGCACGGUGCCCAGCUCCCGUACUCAAGCAUGCACCAGCAGCAGCUCUCCCCUCCACCCAUGAACCCUGCAAUGCCUAAGACCAGUAUGGAGGGGGCACCAGGAGCACCUACUGGAGAUGUUAUACAGCCACUGCAGUCUAUCCCUGCUGAGAAGAUCAUGAAGAAGCCCAUCCCUGAUGAACACCUGGUCCUGAAGACCACAUUUGAGGGCCUCAUUCAGAAGUGCUUAGCUGUAGCCACCGACCCUCAAACUAAGAGGAAGCUUGAUGAUGCCAACAAACGUCUGGAAGCGCUCUACGACAAACUCAGAGAGCAGACGCUCUCUCCCGCCAUUGUAGGAGGACUUCAUAACAUAGCCAGGAGUAUAGAGUCCCGAUCCUACGGGGAGGGCCUCAACAUCCACACCCACAUAGUCAGCAACAGCAACUUCAGCGAGACAUCAGCGUUCAUGCCCGUUCUCAAGGUGGUGCUGACGCAAGCCAACAAACUUGGGGUCUGAUCGGGCAGAAAACUCCAAACUCCUCCGAGUCCUUGACUGAUGGACGGUGGAGAGCGACUGGUCAGGGGUCGAGCUCGUUUCACAGGGAGCUGCAAUUGACUCGCAGCACAAAUGAUGAAGAAUUCUGAGAUGUAUGAAAAUCCUUCUUUGUGCCAUUCAUGUUUUCUGACACGACUCAAACAAAAGCCAUGGUAUCAGUCGCACUCAGUGGUGAAAGUAAAUUCUGAGCCCUGCGCAAACAGACGCACACAACAAAUAAAAGGGCUAGAAACGAUUAAAUUCAAGUACCACCUUAAUCUACCAACUUGCUAACACGUUCCACUAAACAUUUGUUUUUAAAUCAAACUUGUAGUCAUGUGGAUUCAUGAAUGAGUGGAUAUGCAAAAAUACUGUUGAAGUAUAAUAUCACCAUAAACACUAUCAAUCAAAAUAUAAGAAAGGCACAGUUUCUGCAUAUUGGAUGUACAAAUAAAUAUAAAUUAAUGUGUACAAACCUAAUUUAUAUACCGGCAUUAAUCAGGAACGGGGAAAAAAUGGGGAAAUUUAAGGAUAUUUUUGUCUAUUUGUGUUGAGAUAAAUAAAUCUAGUUAGUUUAAACAAAUAAAGCUAAUCCUAAUGAAUUCAGUAUUAAUAGCAGACUGUUGAUACAGCAGUGCAGCAUGCUUUGGCUCAAAACUGCGAUCAUGCAAGCAACAACCAUUUCAGAAAUAUUAGCUUGUUCAUCUUUAUAGUCUGUCAAUGUUUGUGCACUACAACGCUCCCAUACCUUUAUAAUCCAUAAAUACAUAGCAUUUUCACUUUAAAGUGCAAAAUCAUGCUUAUAUUUUUAUUUACAUAUAAACGCGUCAUAACCUGCAUGCACUUUGCAGUAGACCUGCAAAUGAGGCUACAAAAUAGAGAGAGGAUAGAGAAGUGAGGCAGCAAGAGACAGAAUAUGGAUUCAUUUAAAAACAGGGCAUCAGACUGGCCAUUAAAACCAUUAGUCCAAUAAUAAAAUUGAUGCUUGGAGUGCCAGUUUCAAACCCCUAUUUCUGCUUUUACUGGCUUACUUUCACCACUGGUGUCACUACAUACAACGCAUUGGACCAAGAUGUCAGUGUGUGGGAAAUUUCAAUGCAAAGCAAUGCAGACGUUUAAUGUUGUUUUAUUUCAUUUUAUUAGUUGUUUUUUUUUUGUUCAGUGUAAUCAUGAAGCUCAGCAGAGUGCAAUGGACUUUUAAAAAAAAGAUACUGUGCUUUUAUGGAAUUUUAAAGUUUGCAUGCUUAAACAAACGCUAGCAGUCGUCUUUAAUGGCAUUCGAGGUAAUUGUCUGCUAAUUAAUCAGACCUCAAAGGAAACUGGAAGACUUGUUCCUGAUUUUUAUUAUUUUUAUUCCAGCUAUGAUGAGGGCUGUAGUCUUGAGUGGUCAACGUCAGUUUAUGUUGUUAAUAAAAGAAAACAUGUCUUUGUUUUAAAUUGACUACAGGCAAUAUUUUCAAUAAAUAGUAUUUAUUUACAA